AUGGGUACUAGUUCAUAGGCUCCUCAGAGUGAAUUGUUGCAUCAAACUAUUUCGGGAAGAAAAAAAAAAACAAAAAUAAAAUACAACUGCAUCUCAUUUUGCAUAAACAAUGACCGAUUUAGACCCUUGGAAGGUCCAGGUCCAACAUCCAGAACAUUCUAACUCUGCCACCAACGGAAAAGUAACAGACGAAAUCAACAAUUCUACGGAAACAACAAACUCAGCUUUGGGAUUUGAGGAUAGUUUUAUUGGAGCUGAAAAUAAUAAUUGCAGCAGUGAUAAGAAGAGACCAGAAAACACAAAUAAAUCGAAUAAUAAACCUGAACACCAACCGCUGCCAGAUUCUCAAACCUAUUUGAAAGGAUUGGAACGAAAAUUGGACAAAUUAAAAAAGAAUUCAAAACUUGUUGAAGCUUUGUCGGAAAAACGUAGCGAUUGUUUACGAUCCCUAAUUCAAGGUGAUUUGUCUGGAAGCAAUUCAAACAAUGAUUUGCUCCUGGAAUUAGAAGCAAGCAUUAAUUCCGAUUCUGCAGUACAUAAUUUAUAUCGUCAAAUACAACCAGUUCAGGCUGUAACUGUCGGUGAAACUGUACAUAUUGUUAAGUACGAUCAAUUAGAGGAACAGCGUUUGGAGGCUGACGCCGAAGAAAACGGAGAAUUACCAGCAAGUCGAUA